AUGCCGGCCAGCACCACCGACGCACGCGCCGAAGCGUGGGUGUGGAACGCCGCGCUGGGCGUGUACUACCAGGCCGCGAGCGACACGUACGCGCUGGCCUCGGCGUCAGGCGAGUGGACCUACCUCACGCCAGCCGAGCUCGCAGAGGGCAAACACACCACGUCGUCGAACGCUGCGGCCGGGCCCUCAAGACACGAGCGCGAAGAAGGCGAAGUACUCGACGAUGUGGGCUGGGGCGGGCUCAUGGCGCCCGAAGACCUCGCCCGCGCCGUGGGCGACAAGAGCGGCGGCAAGGGCGAGGAGAAGAAGCGACCUGAACCGGCUACGAAGAACGGGUACGAUCCGUACGGGCGUAAGGGGGAUCCCUACGGCCGCGACGCGAGCAGCGACAACACACCAGAUCGGCACGCCUCCGCCUCGCCGCCACCAAUACCACCGCACAUCCUCCGCCUGGUGGUGAAGCGCUCGCGCGCGCUACAGCCCGGCGCCGUCGCGGUGCUCGACGCACGCGAAGGCGGUAUCCAACUAGGCCGGGACCGGUGCGAGCGCGGCGCAGCCGCCCGCGUGCGCGUGCGCGAGAUGGAGGUCAGCAAGACGCAUGCGCUCGUGUACUGGGGCAGCGGGGCGAGCGGCGGCGCGGACCCCGACGCGUGGCACGUCGUCGACCUCGGCUCUACGCUGGGGACGUACGUCGCGCACCCUGGCGAGCGGGACGCGACGCGCUUGUCCGAGGCCAAGGCAAGCUCGCAGCCAUACCCGCUGCGCCACCUCUCGCGCCUGACAGUCGGCACGACGACGUUCGUCGCGCACAUCCACGCCGACUGGCCGUGCGUCGAGUGCCAGAUGGGCGGCAACGAGCAGAUCGCGCUCGACGAGGGCAAAGCGGAUGACUCGGGGGUCUCGACGCCCACGUAUCAGCCCGACUCGGAGCCCGUGGCGUUCGACGCCGCCCAGCGCAGGGGAAAUCGCCAGUUCAAGCGCAAGCUCGAGCUCGACGCGUUGAGGGGCACGUUGCUCGGCGACGGGGCGCGGGAGGCCCCGAGUGCCGCGUACGUCGACAGGUCGGCACAGCGGCGCAGGCUGCAUCCGAGGUCGCCGCCACGGGCUGGGGUGAAGGCUGUAGAGGCUGCGCCUGCGCCGGCACCCGCGCCCGGCCCGUCGACCACUGCGCGUGCCAUGCUCGCUCGCCAGGGCUGGAGCGAGGGACGCGGACUCGGCCGUGACCUGUCUGGCCGGGCCGACGCGAUCGUGCCCGUCCUCCGCACCGAGCGGGCUGGUCUUGGCGCGCGCGGACAGCUAGCCGACACCGGAGAUGCGGCCCACGGUGAUUGGCGACAGCGCGGGAAGCAGCGCCGAUGGGACGAGGUUGGGCGGAGCUAG